CUUCAAUUCACUACUAAGGGCAUUUUUGUCAUUUCAUUUAUCAAAUAUCCAAUAAAGUUUCCCCUUUUAUUCUCCCUCUCUAUCUCUCUCUUCUCCCUCACUAGAAUACAGUAGAUAGAGAAAAUCUAGGGAGAGAAAGAAACAGUAGAGAGAGAAAGGAGUUGUAGUGGAUAUUGUCUUUUUUUUCCUGUUAGUGGGAGAAAAUUAGGGAUUGUAGAUUUUAAUUGAUUUUUAAAUUAGAGUUUAAUUUUAAUUGAUUUUAAAAUUUCAAAGAAAAAAUGGUUUCAGACCAAGAAAUAGCAGAGGGGAUAGAGUCUUUGUUUCGGGAAACAAACCCUAAUUCUUUUACUUCACUUAAUGAUGUUGUUGUUCGAUUGCAAUCAAAAUUAGGGUUUGAUCUUACUCACAAAAUUGAUUUCAUCCGUGCUCAUAUCAGUCUUCUCUUCACUUCGCAACCUCCUGCACCUCCUGCACCGCCGCAAGUGGCGCAAACGGCGAAUGUUCCUCCUGUUGUGAUUCCUCAACCUCAACUUCAAACUGUAAACCCUAAUCCAAAUGUGAAUGUGAGUGUUGGUCAUCCACAGCAGAUGGUUUUUCAUCAUCCUCAUCCACCUACUGCUCAAUCUUACUUUCCUAGGGGUCCUACUGAGAUCAGUUUCACUCAGCCUGGUACAGUAGUUGCUGAAGGUCUCUCCUCACCUCCGGCUAAAGAAAGCACCCAAAGUCGGCCAAAAAGAAGAGGGGGUCCAGGAGGGCUGAACAAACUCUGUGGUGUUUCACCUCAGCUUCAAACAAUUGUGGGUCAACCAGCUUUGCCCAGAACAGAGAUUGUCAAACAGCUUUGGGCUUAUAUUAGAAAGCACAAUCUCCAAGAUCCAAGUAACAAAAGAAAGAUAAUAUGCAAUGAUGAGCUACGGUUGGUAUUUGAAGUUGAUUGUACAGACAUGUUUCAGAUGAACAAGCUGCUGGCCAAACAUAUUGUUUCUCUUGAUCCCACAAAGGUUCCGAAGGUUCCAGAACAACCAUCCAAGAAAGCUAAAGUCGAAGAAUCUGAAGUUCCGAGCACUGAGUCUGAUGGCCCCGCUCCUAUUGUGAUAUCUGAAGCGCUGGCCAAAUUCUUUGGUACAAGUGAGAAGGAAAUGCUUCAAUCUGAGGUUUAUAAUCGUAUUGAAGAAUACAUUAAGACAAAAGGCUUAGAGGAUUCAUCGAAUUCAUUGGUCAUCUGUGAUACUGAGCUUCAAGAACUCCUUGGAUGUGAGAGCAUUCCUACGCCUGGGAUUCGUGGUGCUUUGGCUCGUAAUCAUCUUUUCCCCCGAGCAUGAUGUAAUCUGGUAUUGGAUGUAACAGCAAUCUAACUGACAUGGUUGGAGGAUACAAGUAUGUUGUCGGCAAAUAGUAGGAUGAGUAAUCUAUCUGGACAGUAUUGUAAGUUAUGAGUAGGAGAUGACUGUAAUUAGGUGCAGGGUUGAUAACUUAAUGUAGGUAAGCCACAAUUAGGGUUGGGAUCCUGAUUCCUGAAUCUGCUGUUUAUUUGUUAAGAGUAUUUGUAGAGAUGUACCUUAACCUGUAGGAAACUCUGUACUGUAGUAGUUCUGAACAGAAAGCUUUGUACAAGAUGGUACUCAUUUAUUAUUGCCCUUGUUUUAUCAAUGCAGACACUACUAUCCUUUAAUGGUGCA